AUGAAGGAUUCAGUCCAAGAGAUCAUCCAGCAACUCAUCCACAGUGUCGAUUUCCAGUCCUCCAAAUUCCAGCUGGCCAUCAUGUGCACGAUGUUCAAUCCUAUUUUCUGGAACAUCGUUGCCAGAAUGGAAUACCACAAGCACCCUCUCACCAAGAUGUGUGGUGGGGCCAAAAAGGGCUGUUACAUGUUGGCAGCGACCAUUUUUUCGUUAGGUAUCAUCAGAGACAUGGUGUACGAGUCUGCAUUGCGUGAACAGCCUACGUGUUCUUUGAUCACGGGCGAAAAUUGGACCAAGCUGGGUGUGGCCUUCUUUGGUGUGGGACAAGUGCUUGUUUUGAGUUCCAUGUACAAACUUGGGGUUACAGGUACGUACUUGGGUGACUAUUUCGGCAUUCUCAUGGACGAGAGAGUGACUGGUUUUCCCUUCAAUGUUUCCAACAACCCCAUGUACCAGGGUUCUACUUUGUCCUUCCUGGGUAUGGCCCUUUACAAGGGGAAGCCUGCUGGGUUAGUUGUUUCUGCGAUAGUUUACUUCAUGUACAAGAUUGCUCUUCGUUGGGAAGAACCUUUUACCGCCAUGAUCUACGCCAACCGUGACAAGGCCAAAAAGCACAUGUGA